AUGACCGUCACAUCUAAAGACGUUUACAAAACUAUGAAAAAUGUUUUAUUAAAUCAAAUAUUAAUACAAUUCGCUCUUUCAUUGAUUUCAUUGCCAAUUCUAAGAAGACAUGAAUACAGUGUCAGUCGACAAGACUUUUCACCAAAUUAUUGGCGAAUUUUGAUUCAUUUAUUAAUUUGUGUUGUGAUUGAAGAGAUGGGCUUUUACUACAGCCACCGGUUAUUGCAUUUAAACAAGUUUUACAAAUACAUUCACUCCAAACACCAUCACUGGACGGUUCCCACAGCUAUUGCCGCCUCUUAUUGUCAUCCAAUAGAGCACAUAAUCUCCAAUGUUUUGCCCAUAGUUUUACAAAUACAUUCACUCCAAACACCAUCACUGGACGGUUCCCACAGCUAUUGCCGCCUCUUAUUGUCAUCCAAUAGAGCACAUAAUCUCCAAUGUUUUGCCCAUUUAUUUAGGUCCAAUGCUAUUGAACUCACACCUGGCCUUUUUAUGGUUAUGGAUAGCAAUAGCAACUAUUACUUCACUUCACACCCACUCUGGCUUUCAUUUACCCCUCGGACUGUCCCCGCAAAAAACAAACUGUUCCGCAAAUCAAAGGAAAGUCAAAGACAUAAAUGGCUUUUGACUACUAAACCAUCGCAAGAAGUUUUGUGGAAUCCAUUCACUAAAUACAUGUAUGGCUUAUGGGACGAAAUGGUUGAUAUUUUUAUCAAGUACGAUUUGAAGAUACAACACCAUGGUACAUUUAUUUGGUCAUUCAGUGUUUACUGGAUAUCAAGUCUUACGUAUUCAUUCAUUGACUUAUAUCGAUGGCCCGCUUGUAUCUACAAAUACAAGAUUGACAAAACAUAUCAAGUUACAUCAAAAGACUUUAGUAAAACCAUCAAGGGUGUUGUGCUCAACCAAAUAAUCAUAUAUUUGGGACUCUAUUUGUUUGCCUUCAAAGUGCUAUUGAAACACGACUCCAAAAGUUGUCAAAUUAAUUAUUGGAGAUUUUUAUAUCAACUCAUGUUUUGUAUGGUUGUCGAAGAGUUUGGCUUUUAUUCCACUCACCGAUUAUUACAUUUGAAAAAAUUAUACAAAUAUAUCCAUUAUAAACACCACGAGUACACCACUCCCACAGCUAUUGCUUCAGCUUAUUGUCAUCCUUUUGAACACAUUUUCUCAAAUCUCUUUCCACUUUAUUUAGGCCCAUUGCUUCUCACAUCACAUUUGGCAUUCCUAUGGUUUUGGAUAGCGUUUGGCACUUUGACAUCAGUUCACACCCACUCGGGCUUUCAUCUGCCCCUCACGGCUUCCCCACAGUUUCACGAAUACCAUCACUCGCAUCCAAAUCAAAACUUUGGUGUUUCGGGAAUUUUAGACCAAUUUUUCGGAACAGAUCUUUGUCAAACCAUUCGGAAGGAGACUCGCAAUACUGUCCACAAUAUUGUCGACCACAUCGUCGAUACGAUUGCCAACAAAACAGUCAAUACUUUUGGCCAUUUUGUCCAUACUAUCGAAAUACGACUGUCCGUACACUUGUUUCACAGCGCUGUCCGUCAGUUCCCACUCUCUAUCCAUAACUCGUUUAUAGUUAUUAUUAGCGAGAAGUGGUGUCCUAUAGAACGCGGGCUCAAUAGUGGUCACCCGAACCCCACAAUCGGCCGACAGUUCACGCGACUCUCGUAG